AUGUAUCAAAGAUCUCAGCCACGCAUUCUCUUCUUCUCCUCACCCCCCACCACCCCCAAGGGGCGCUUUUCUUCCUUUCAUUUUUUCCCUGCGGCCGAAUGCUUCCUCCUUCUUCGUAACCCCACGCCGGUCAAACCUCAAACUCACAGAAGCAAAUUGUUGACCGCACCGUCCCUUCAUCCACGUUGCUGCUCGUCCACCAAGUGUUGUCCCCUCCUCGUGUCUUCGGUUCUUCGGUUCCUUCGGAGUCAACAACCAGCAGCGCCCACCGAAGAAGAAGCCUGCCCUCCUCCACUUCGGUUUGCCAGCAAUCUUCCCGCCAGUCAACAGCAACACACACCGAAACCCAGUGUUGACCCCAGCCCGUCCGCGAGAAGCCAUCCUCGCACGACGCCGCACAGCCCCUCGAGCCCGGCAUCUCCGCAGUUGCAGCCCCGAACCAGCAGCUUCAGAGUUGACUUCCUCAGCUCAAGCAGCGAGCUUGCGGGCCAAUUUCAGGCCCGAUCCGUGACCUGUUGGCGUCGCCCUUUUGGGACUUGUCGAGCCUCAUCGCGAUCCCGUCGUUUUGAUCCGAGCGGAUUUCGAAUCAAGUCACCCUUGACGUAUUUCCUUCUUAAUAGAGGUUUAGAAGGUGGACUUGCCGAGCCAUUGUCUCACUGGUUAUUAUAUAACAAUUUUCAGGUCCUUAAAUGGUAUUGGUGGAGGAUCAAAGCCCUGGAGUCGGUGAAGGUGGAAUCUGAAAGAUCGAUGUUUAUGUCCUACUAGUAUGUUGUAGGAUAGCUUCCUUUGAGAGCCGAUAUUUUGUAGACCUUUACCUAGACUCUUAUUGUAGAUAAACUCAGUUGUUUAUAAAAGUGUGCUUUUGUGAAA